AUGUCUCUCCUCCUAGCAAUCCCCAUCUCCCUCAUCACCCUCCUCCUCUCCUACACCCUCUACCAGAGACUAAAGUUCAAGCUCCCACCGGGGCCGAGACCAUGGCCCGUGGUCGGCAACCUCUACGACAUAAAGCCCGUCCGGUUCCGGUGCUUCGCCGAGUGGGCGCAGUCCUACGGUCCAAUCAUAUCAGUCUGGUUCGGCUCAACCUUAAACGUGGUCGUGUCGAAUUCAGAGCUGGCCAAGGAGGUUCUUAAGGAGAAGGACCAGCAGUUGGCCGACCGGCACAGGAGUCGGUCGGCCGCGAAGUUUAGCCGUGAUGGGCAGGAUCUCAUCUGGGCUGAUUACGGCCCCCACUACGUGAAGGUGAGGAAGGUGUGCACGCUGGAGCUUUUCUCACCGAAGAGGCUUGAGGCGUUGAGGCCUAUCAGGGAAGAUGAGGUUACCGCCAUGGUUGAGUCCGUUUUUCAUGACUGCACCAAUUCUGAAAAUUUGGGGAAAGGUCUAUUGGUGAAGAAGUACUUGGGGACAGUGGCAUUCAACAACAUCACAAGGCUAGCAUUUGGGAAAAGAUUUGUGAACUCAGAAGGUGUGAUAGAUGAACAAGGAGUGGAAUUUAAGGCUAUAGUGGCAAAUGGGUUAAAGCUAGGAGCAUCUCUUGCCAUGGCAGAGCAUAUCCCUUGGCUGCGGUGGAUGUUCCCCCUAGAAGAGGAGGCUUUUGCCAAGCACGGAGCACGCCGCGACAGACUCACCAGAGCCAUCAUGGAAGAGCACACACAGGCACGCCAGAAAUCUGGUGGAGCCAAGCAACACUUUGUAGAUGCUCUGCUUACAUUGCAAGACAAGUAUGACCUCAGUGAAGAUACGAUCAUUGGUCUCCUUUGGGAUAUGAUCACGGCUGGGAUGGACACAACAGCAAUCUCAGUUGAGUGGGCAAUGGCUGAGUUGAUUAAAAACCCAAGGGUGCAGCAAAAAGCUCAAGAGGAGCUAGACCGGGUAAUUGGGUUUGAAAGGGUCUUAACAGAAACUGACUUCUCAAACCUCCCUUAUCUACAAUGUGUGGCCAAGGAAGCUAUGAGGCUGCACCCACCAACACCACUAAUGCUCCCUCAUCGUUCCAAUGCCAAUGUUAAAAUUGGAGGCUAUGACAUCCCAAAGGGGUCUAAUGUACACGUGAACGUGUGGGCCGUAGCCCGUGACCCAGCUGUGUGGAAGAACCCGUUGGAGUUCCGACCCGAGAGAUUUCUCGAGGAGGAUGUAGACAUGAAGGGACAUGAUUUUAGGUUGCUGCCAUUCGGAGCGGGUCGGCGGGUUUGCCCCGGUGCACAACUUGGGAUCAACUUGGUGACAUCCAUGUUGGGUCACCUCCUGCACCAUUUCUGUUGGGCCCCACCUGAAGGAGUGAAGCCUGAGGAGAUUGACAUGGUUGAGAACCCUGGUUUGGUUACUUACAUGAGGACCCCAGUACAGGCUGUGGCCACUCCUAGGCUUCCCUCACACUUGUACAAACGUGUGCCCGCUGAUAUUUGAUCUUUUUUUUCUCUUGAUGCAACUUUGUUGUUUUGUUACAUUCAGAGUUUUUCCUUGUGAGACUAUUUCUAUUACUAUAUGUAACUAUCAUUGAAAUCACAAUCUAAGGAACUAAGGAAGACUUAAAGUAA